CUUGAUUCUAGCGCCAGCUUCAAUCCAUUUUUCAAAUUCGGAACAUCUCGACUCCUCUUUCACUCACAAUUUAACAUCGACUAGGUUAGUUUUCUAAUACCUACGCAAAAUCUGGGGUGUAUAUUUUUUGGCCUUCAUCGUUUGUUGAUCCUUUGAAUCCCAAAACCCGACGGCGAUCAAUCGGAGAAAAUUGUGAAACGGCUCUGUUUGGGGAAGAAAAACUCGUUCGAGAUCAAUAUAAACUCGUUCGAGAUCAAUGGGGCACAGUUCAAAGAAGAAGAAGAAGCGGGGAGGUGGAGGGCGAAGGGCCCAAUCUAAGGACCAUUCAUUUGCCGCCGAUAAUUCUGAGAUUAUAGCAGAGGAAGUCACUGCCUUGUGUGCCAUAUUUCAGGAGGAUUGUACCGUGGUUUCUGAAGCACCCCCUCAAGUCAACAUCAAACUUAGGCCUUACUCAAAGGAUACAGGAUAUGAUGAUUCUGAUGUUUCUGCCGUGCUAUCAGUGAGAUGUGUGCAUGGUUAUCCAUUCAAAUGCCCAACGCUGCAUAUAAUACCAGAGAAAGGGCUAUUGAAAACUGAUGCCGAUAACCUUUUAUCUUUGCUUUACGAUCAGGCAAAUUCUAAUGCUAGAGAAGGGCGUGUAAUGAUUUACAAUUUAGUGGAGGCUGCCCAAGAGUUCUUAUCUGAAAUUACUUCACAGGUUGUGCUCCAUGAUGCUGAUAAGAAUUACCAGCUAUCAGAGCAGGAGGCUACUAUUCCAAGUGGCAGAUUACGUUUUUCUGUCGGACCUUUUGUCUUUAGUCAUAUAGAUCUUUUCAGUGGUUCUGGGGAGUUGUGGCAGUGGAAUCUGGAAGGGGAAGAGAGCAACAAGGCAUCUUCACAAACAAUUGAUGAUUUGAAUCCGGGAAAGUUUAAUUUGGCCAAGCAACCCGAGAAGAAUAUGAAGCCGUCAGUAGUAGAAAAUGUUAAGGCGGAGUCCAAACUUAACCUUUCUUCAAGAUUAGGUACCCUUGAGGAAGAGAGUGAAGACGAGACCAAAAACAGUUACUCAAGUGCUGGAUCGGAUGGAAAUGGUUCCACUAGCAGCAUAAAGGAUAUUUUUGUGGAAGCAACCCUAACAGAAGCUGAUUAUAGUGAUUUUGAUAGUGAUUCAGGGGCAUCAUCUGACUUUGGUGGUCAUGGUCAACCUAGGCAGGCAACAGAGAGAGAUUUGCUUCUGGCUCACUUGCUUCGCGUUGCUUGUUCUCCCAAAGGACCUCUAGGUGAUGCUUUGCAAGAAAUAACAUCAGAGCUCGUUAAUCUAGGGAUUCUUUCAGAGGGUGUACGGGAUAUGGCCAUCAAACCGUCGUCAUCCUUUGAUAAAGCAUUUGGUCGUGUCUUUAGGAAGUCGAUCGGUUCAUCAAAAGUCGCACAUUUUUGGAAAACAGCGUCCUCUGAUUUUGGAGGUGAAAGUUCUUCAAUUCCAAGUUCCCGAUAUUUAAAUGACUUUGAGGAGCUUCAACCACUUGGUCAUGGAGGAUUUGGUCAUGUUGUGUUAUGCAAAAAUAAGCUAGAUGGUCGGCAGUAUGCUGUGAAGAAGAUUCGCUUAAAGGACAAAAGCCUGCCUGUAAAUGACCGUAUAUUGAGGGAAGUCGCCACUCUUUCUCGUUUGCAGCAUCAGCACGUUGUAAGGUACUACCAGGCUUGGUACGAAACAGGAGUUCCCGGGAACCUUGGGAGUACUGCAUUAGGGUCCAAAACUGGCAUGUCUUCUAGUUUCAGCUACCGGGACACUGGUUCUUCAGAUCAAUUUGCAGAUGCAAAUAGGCUCGAAUCAACUUACCUCUAUAUUCAGAUGGAAUACUGCCCAAGGACUUUGAGGCAAAUGUUUGAGUCUUAUAAUCAUCUUGACAAAGAACUUGCAUGGCAUUCGUUUCGACAAAUUGUGGAAGGCCUGGCACAUAUACAUGGACAAGGAAUUAUCCACCGUGAUUUGACACCUAAUAAUAUCUUUUUUGAUGCUCGCAAUGAUAUAAAAAUUGGGGAUUUUGGUCUGGCUAAGUUUUUAAAGCUGGAGCAACUGGACCAAGAUGUGGAUGCUACUGAAGCAAUUGGAGUAUCAAUUGAUGGUACAGGUCAAAUUGGUACUUAUUUCUACACCGCUCCUGAAAUAGAGCAAGGGUGGCCAAAGAUUAAUGAGAAGGCUGACAUGUACAGCUUAGGAGUUAUGUUCUUUGAAUUGUGGCAUCCAUUCGACACAGCAAUGGAGAGACAUGUUAUUCUUUCUGAUCUGAAACUCAAGGGGGAACUCCCUUCUGAUUGGGUCACGGAAUAUCCAGAACAAGCAUCCUUGCUACGGCGUCUGAUGUCUCCGAGUCCAUCUGACCGUUUGUUGCGGACAAUUCAUAGUUCUGAGGAUACGAGUGUUUACGAAAAACUGGUAUCAGCAAUUUUUGAUGAGGAGAUUUUAAGCACAAAGGAAAAUCAUGAGAAUGUUGGAAGGCUGAAGUUGGUUCAAGAUGAUACUUCAUCAAUUAUUUUCACAGAUGUGGAUACUGCAAACCGGGAUUUGGUUAUUGAUAUUGCGAAGGAAGUUUAUAGAAAGCACUGUGCAAAACAUUUGGAGAUAGUACCAGUGAGAAUAUUAGGCGAUGGCCAGCAGUUCAAUAGGAAUACUGUCAAAAUGUUAACACAAGGAGGAGACAUGGUUGAGUUUUGUCAUGAAUUACGCUUUCCGUUUGCAAGAUGGAUCAUGGCAAACCAGAAAUCAUAUUUCAGGCGCUACGAAAUAUCAUAUGUAUACCGCAAAGCAAUUGGCCAUUCGCCUCCAAAUCGGUAUCUCCAGGGUGAUUUUGAUAUCGUUGGAGGAGCAACUGCCUUAACUGAGGCUGAGGUCAUAAAGGCAACUAUGGACAUCAUCUCUCGUUUCUUUCAUUCAGAUUCAUGUGAUAUUCAUUUGAAUCAUGGGGACUUGAUGGAAGCAAUAUGGUCUUGGACGGGUAUCCAGCCAGAGACUAGGCAGAAAGUGGCCGAGCUUCUCUCCCUUUUGUGUUCUUUGCGUCCUCAGUCUUCAGAACGAAAGUCAAAAUGGGUCGUAAUUAGGCGCCAACUACGGCAGGAACUUGAUCUUGCUGAUGAUGCUGUAAAUAGAUUACAGACGGUAGGACUACGGUUCUGUGGAACUGCUGACCAGGCUCUUCCUAGACUGAGGGGUGCCCUGCCUGCAGAUAAGUCGACACGCAAAGCACUUGAUGAAUUGUCAGAGCUGUUUAACUACUUGAGAGUUUGGAAAAUUGAUAGACGGGUCUUUCUUGAUGCUCUUUUGCCACCCUCUGAAUCUUAUCACCGCAACUUGUAUUUUCAGAUAUAUUUCAAAAAGGAGAAUACUCCUUUAUCACUUGUGGAAGGGACACUGCUUGCUGUUGGUGGUAGUUAUGACAAUUUGCUUCAGCAAAUGGCCAAUUCUGAAUAUAAAUCAAAUCUCCCUGGUGCUGUUGGGAGUAGCAUUGCUCUGGAGACUAUUUUUCUGCAUUCUUCUGUUAAUAGUAAAUUCCAUAGAAAUGACACUGGCACCAAUAUUCUUGUCUGUUCAAGAGGAGGUGGGGGUUUGUUACUUGAGCGCAUGGAACUUGUGGCCGAACUAUGGGAGGAGAAUAUAAAGGCCGAAUUUGUUCCUUCACGUGAUCCAAGCCUCACAGAACAAUAUGAAUACGCAAGCGAGUAUGAUAUAAAAUGUCUUGUUGUCAUCACUGAUGCUGGUGUAUCCCAAAAUGGUUUGGUCAAGGUCCGACAUUUAGAGCUCAAGAAAGAGAAGGAGGUUGAGAGAGAAAACAUUGUCAAAUUUCUACUGGAGGCAAUGGCUACUCAAUUUAGAAACCCAUCCAUCUGGAAAUAUGGAGGUUCCAUCUCAGAAACUUUCAGUAAUGAAUCGGAAGAGUCCCCAGAUAUCCUAAAGAGGAAAAAACAGUUUUUGUAGUAUUGCAUGAAAACAUCUUGUAGAGUGAAAAUUUUGAGGUCAACACAUUGUAGAGUGAUGCCAUUUUUGUUCGAUUGUCAAUUUUGAUAUUUUUGGCUUAUGAAGUUUCUGUUAGUAAGCAGUUUUACAUAUGUUUUGACAGUAAUGAGUUUGUAGUGGUAUCGAAUUGUCUUUUCUUUCUAUUUUUUCCUCAAACAAUGAUAGAUUCUAUAUAUAAAUAAAUAAAGAUUACA